AUGUUCCAUUUCCAUCAAGCACUACCUCCCAAACCGUCUAUCUGGCUCUUGCAGAAAGACAAAGCAUGGGGCUGAUCACAAAACUUUUAGUAGCCACAUGCUCCCUAGCUUUCAUCCUAGCAUCUCAUGCUGCCCUAGCUCGUAAGGUCGGCAAGGGGAUCCCCUACGACCCUAGUGGUCACCAAGGCUUUGUUGACGAGCACAAUGCUGCUAGAGCGGCGGUUGGUGUUGGUCCAAUCACUUGGAACUACACCGUAGCUGCCUACGCUCAACACUACGCCAACACUCGAAUCCAAGGCUGCGACAUGGUGCAUUCCGAAGGGCCUUACGGAGAGAACUUGGCCGAGGGCUACGGUGAGAUGACUGGCGCUCAAGCAGUGAAGUUUUGGGUGACUGAGAAGCCCAACUACGACUACACCUCCAACAAGUGUGUUGGGGAUGAAUGCGGGCAUUAUACUCAGGUGGUUUGGCGCAAUUCGGUUCAUCUGGGAUGUGCAAGAGCCAAGUGCACCAAUGGGUGGGUGUUUGUGAUCUGCAGCUAUGAUCCUCCUGGGAACUAUGAGGAUGAACGUCCCUACUAGACAGUGAUCAUCGAUAAUAAUGGUGUGGAGUAUAAUUCAGUAGUGGUACCUCCGUGAUUUGUGCUUGGAUCCAAACAGAUAGCGGUUGGAGAGUUAAAGCAUAUGUACUCAAUAUCAAAGAGGGAAUUUCACGUGAUGGUGGGUCUCAUCUUUUUAUAGAAGAUAAUGCCGUGAACUAUUAUCUGUAGCAUUACUAUAUGGUGGUUAAUUUGAGGAGAGUGAAAUCUACGCUCAUCUUUUUAUAAACUAAA